AUGCACACUCAUACGUUAUUGUUCCUGUGUAUAUUUCAGUAUGUCAACACAGAAGAUUCGAAUGCAGAAAAAUAUCAAGAAGACUUGCUAAUGAAAUAUCUUAUAACGAAACCUGUGACGGCGCCAAAUGAAACAAUCGAGAUAUAUGCCCAUUUUGGUUUACAAUUCUUCACAUUCGGACAAGACGAGACUGUAUUUCGAGCGUUUGGUCACUUAUUAAUUUUAUGGGACGACGAAAGACUCACAUGGGACAGCUCUGAUUACGCUGGCCUCGCAGAAAUCGUUUACGACAGUUACACAUUCUGGGAACCCCACAUACGUCUGCUUAAUCAGGUUGACUAUGACGAAUUCGAAUACCACUAUGGACUUUGCAGACUGACAAAUACUGGUCACAUCACUUGUUUGCCAAAAAUAGUGCAUGAAGCCACUUGUCACACUGUCGUCUCAAACUGGCCACACGAUAUUCAAAACUGCACGCUGAAAAUUGGCAUUUUUGGAGAACGUGCGACUAUCAAAAUGAGAGUGUCUGACGAUAUAGUUACGUUUAUUCUUGGGGCAGAAUAUUCUGCGUUCUGGACAGUUCUAAAUGUGUACCAGGAGCAUUCUCAAAUUGACAGUCAGUUGGACAAAAUGGGCAGAGGCGCACAAAUAGACGUGACAUUCUUGUUGAAAAGAGAAGGUGCAGGGCUUGCUGUUGCUAUUUUUGUUCCGAUUAUUACUUUAACAAUCAUAUCAGUGUACAGUUUUCUUUUAAGUUCACGCGAUUUAAGAUUAGGAAUUUUAUGUUUCAAUAUGCUGUGUCACUUUUCGUUUUUAUUACAAAUCAGUGAUUUAAUACCGAAGCAUAGUAUGGAUUGUCCAACAAUUUUGUAUUAUCUUCGAGGCUCAAUAUUAGUUAAUAUGUUUUUAGUUAUGUUGACGAUAUUUUUAUCUUAUCUGCGCAGAAGAACGAAAAAAAUUUAUUCAAUGAUUGUGUCUUUAAAUGAUUUUGUGUUUGAAAGUAGGGCAAGAUAUUUUGUUUUUAAUUUAAGUAGUGAAGCUUACCCUCUACAAGAUUGUGAUCAAAAGCGAACUCCAUGCUCCAUAUCAGAAAGCAGGCAAGCAGAUUUAAAUCGCCCAGGAGAUAAUGAUUUGAAUAGUGUUAAUAUGAAUUCCGAAGUCAAGGCUAUUUUGAAACAGUGGAACAAUUUUGCUGAUAUACUGAAUAGUAUUAGUUUUUACUUGGUUAUUGUUGUGUAUGUUUGUUUUAUGUGCUUGUAUUUACCUAGUAAUCCUGGUGUCGAGUUUUCUAAGCUCUUAACGUACACUUAUGAGGACUUGGUAUAG